CACUCUUACCCGUCGCAUAGAACAGCCCAUUUUAAUGUUGCCAUCAUCAUAGGACGAGUGCGGUAAGCGAGGAAUCGUUUCAGCAUGUAGACCAAAAUUCUUGCUUACCAAUUGGAGCUUAUGCUGUAUUAUCAAUUAGACGAACAAAUUACAGCAACGAGAAUAAUUGGGACCAACGACCAGAAUAACAGUAAUAAUAUCAAAUAGCUACCUGCGGUCCUCAACCGUUAACUUAUGCAAACACGCUAAUAUCUGCCUUCCAUCAUAUCAUUUUAUUCCGCAUUAGAGGAAUUCCACAUAGACGUCUGCACAAUUCGGUGCUAUACAUUGUUAUCUCCUGACCAGAAACAACAGAUGGAACACCACGUCGGUAUAGUCUACAUCCUUCAAACGUUUUUGUCUGUCGGAUAUGAAGUAAAUUUAAAAGUAAAGAACAUUGGAUUUCCUCUUUUUCUAAACUCUCCUUUGACGUCCUUGGACAUGGCCGGCCUUUAGGUGAAUCCUACACUCCACCUGCGAAAGCAUCUUUCUCUUCACCUCCAAACGCUUGAGCUCUUCUUUCUGUUUCUCUCCUUACAAAUAUCUGUUUCUAUGGAUUGGUAUCCCCCUUAUCAUUUUGUUUGAUUCUCUUUUCUCUUCUGGGGUUGUGAGACAGACCAGAUUAAGGUCUUUGGUGGAAUAAACCUCCGUCAAAUCACGCGACAAAAACAUUUCCAAAUGUUCUUCCACACAUGCCCUGAUAUGGAGAAUCAUAGAAGGGGCAAAGGAGGGAGUGGCAUGGGGGAACAUUAAUCUAAAAAUCACAUAGUCAAGCAUUUCCUACCCUCCUGGCCUAUCCUGGCCUACCCUGGCCCUUUUCAAAGAAGUCCAUCAGAGAAUCAUUGUUUUUUGAAGAAUCAAUAUACUUCUAUUACCACACAUAAUCAUGGGGGACUUAGCCAAUAGUUCGGUGGAGUUCAAACCCAAGAAGCGAGGUAGUGGAGGGGGAACAGAGGUCAACCAUGCAGGGGACUUUGGGGCCACCCUGGAGGACCUGCGGGACCUUAUGGAGCUGAGAGGUGCAGAGGCCAUUCAGAAGAUCCAGGAGAACUACACGGACACAGAGGGCCUCUGUCAGAGACUGAAGACCUCCCCAGCCGAUGGCCUAUCGGACAACCCGUCAGACCUAGAGAAGCGUGGCCAGGUGUUUGGCCAGAACUUUAUCCCUCCUAAGAAGGCCAAGUCGUUCCUGGAGCUGGUCUGGGAGGCCCUACAGGAUGUAACUCUCAUCAUCCUAGAGAUAGCUGCCAUCAUCUCCCUCGCACUGUCCUUCUACCAACCGCCUGGAGAGGAGAGCGAAGCGUGUGGGAAUGUGGCAUCCGGUGCAGAGGACGAGGGCGAGGCGGAGGCUGGCUGGAUUGAGGGCGCGGCCAUCUUGCUGUCUGUCGUCUGCGUAGUGCUGGUGACGGCCUUUAACGACUGGAGCAAGGAGAAGCAGUUCCGGGGGCUGCAGAGCCGCAUUGAGCAGGAGCAGCGAUUUGCCGUGGUGCGGAAUGGCACCGUCAUCCAGAUCCCUGUGGCUGAAAUGGUGGUCGGGGAUGUGGCCCAAAUCAAAUACGGUGAUCUCCUGCCUGCUGAUGGGAUACUGAUACAGGGCAACGACCUGAAGAUCGAUGAGAGCUCGCUGACCGGAGAGUCUGACCAUGUAAAAAAGUCUGUUGACAAGGACCCCAUGUUGCUGUCUGGAACUCAUGUGAUGGAAGGCUCAGGAAAGAUGCUAGUUACUGCUGUGGGGAUCAACUCUCAAACUGGAAUCAUCUUCACUCUACUGGGGGCUGGAGAGGGGGAGGGGGAGGAUGAGAAGAAAGACAAGAAAGAGGGCAAUAAUACCCCUGCAGUCGAAGCAAAACAGAUCAGCAUCACGAAUGGCAAGCAAGAUGGGACACUGGAAAACAAUCAGAACAAAGCCAAGAAACAGGAUGAGGCUGUUGCCAUGGAGAUGCAGCCCCUGAAGAGCGCUGAAGGUGGGGAGGUGGAAGCGGAGAAGAAAAAGGGCAACGUGCCUAAAAAAGAGAAGUCUGUGCUCCAGGGCAAACUCACUAAACUGGCCGUGCAGAUCGGGAAGGCAGGUCUGGUCAUGUCAGCCAUCACAGUGAUCAUCCUGGUGAUGUACUUUGUGAUUGAGACCUUUGUUGUGCAGGGCCGGGAGUGGCUCACUGAGUGUACCCCCGUCUAUGUGCAGUACUUUGUCAAGUUCUUCAUCAUCGGCGUCACAGUGCUGGUGGUGGCUGUGCCUGAGGGGCUGCCACUGGCUGUUACUAUAUCACUGGCCUACUCUGUCAAGAAAAUGAUGAAGGACAAUAACUUGGUGCGCCACCUGGAUGCCUGUGAGACCAUGGGCAAUGCCACGGCCAUCUGCUCCGACAAGACAGGCACCCUCACUACCAACCGAAUGACCGUGGUGCAGGCCUACGCGGGCGACCAGCACUUCCACAAGGUCCCACACCCUGACCAGAUGAAUCCUAAAGUGCUGGACACGCUCGUCAACGCCAUAGCUGUCAACAGCGCCUACACCUCCAAGAUUAUGCCCCCGGAUAAGGAGGGAGGCCUACCCAAGCAGGUGGGCAACAAGACAGAGUGUGCCCUGCUUGGCUUCAUCCUGGACCUGAAAAGGGACUAUGCCCCUGUGAGGGAACAGAUCCCUGAGGAGAAGCUCUACAAGGUCUACACCUUCAACUCUGUGCGCAAGUCCAUGAGCACGGUGGUGCAGUUGCCUGAUGGAUCCUUCCGCCUCUACAGCAAGGGGGCCUCUGAGAUCCUGCUCAAGAAAUGCUCCUCUAUCAUGGCUGGUGGUGGCGACCCACGGGGUUUCCGCCCACGGGACAGGGACGAGAUGGUGAAGAAGGUGAUCGAGCCCAUGGCCUGCGACGGCCUGCGCACCAUCUGCGUGGCCUACAAGGACCUGCCGGCCAGCCCUGAGCCCGACUGGGAGGACGAGGCUGGCAUCGUCAGUGACCUCAUCUGUAUCACAGUGGUGGGCAUCGAGGACCCUGUCCGCCCAGAGGUCCCAGAUGCUAUCAAGAAAUGCCAGCGGGCCGGUAUCACCGUGCGUAUGGUGACAGGUGACAACAUCAACACAGCGCGCGCCAUCGCUGCCAAGUGUGGCAUCAUCCAGCCUGGGGAUGACUUCCUGUGUAUAGACGGGAAGGAAUUCAACCGACGAAUCAGAAAUGAGAAAGGAGAGGUUGAGCAGGAGCGCAUUGACAAGGUUUGGCCCAAACUAAGAGUUCUGGCUAGGUCCUCACCUACAGACAAACAUACACUGGUCAAAGGCAUCAUAGACAGCACCGUACUGGAGCAGCGGCAGGUAGUGGCAGUGACAGGGGACGGAACAAAUGACGGACCUGCCCUAAAGAAGGCCGAUGUUGGCUUUGCCAUGGGCAUCGCUGGUACUGACGUAGCCAAGGAAGCCUCUGACAUCAUCCUGACUGAUGACAACUUCUCUAGCAUUGUGAAGGCGGUCAUGUGGGGCCGCAACGUCUAUGACAGCAUCUCCAAGUUCCUCCAGUUCCAGCUCACUGUCAACGUGGUGGCUGUCAUUGUGGCCUUCACCGGCGCCUGUAUCACACAGGACUCUCCCCUGAAGGCUGUCCAGAUGUUAUGGGUGAACCUGAUCAUGGACACCUUUGCCUCCCUGGCCCUAGCCACCGAGCCGCCCACUGAGUCCCUGCUCCUGAGGAAGCCUUACGGCCGCAACAACCCCCUCAUCUCCAGGACCAUGAUGAAGAACAUCCUGGGUCAUGCCAUCUACCAGCUCACCAUCAUCUUCACCCUGCUGUUCGCAGGAGAAAAGAUCUUCAAUAUUGAUAGUGGACGCAAUGCCCCUCUGCACUCUCCCCCCUCCGAGCACUACACUAUCAUCUUCAACACCUUUGUGCUCAUGCAACUGUUCAACGAGAUCAAUGCCCGCAAGAUCCACGGUGAAAGGAACGUUUUUGAUGGCAUAUUCCACAACCCUAUUUUCUGCAGUAUUGUGCUGGGGACUUUUUUAAUGCAGUUUGUGAUUGUGCAGUUUGGGGGGAAACCUUUCAGCUGCACACCACUCAAUGUGGAGCAGUGGCUGUGGUGUCUGCUCGUGGGAGUAGGAGAGCUGCUGUGGGGACAGCUCAUCACCACGGUACCCACCAGCCACCUGCCCUGUCUGAAGGAGGCGGGUCAUGCGCUCGGUAAGGAGGAGAUGAUUGAUGACGACAUGGCAGAUGAUGAGCAAGAGAUUGACCAUGCCGAGAGGGAGCUGCGUCGAGGGCAGAUCCUCUGGUUCAGGGGCCUCAAUCGCAUUCAAACUCAGAUGGAGGUAGUGAGUACCUUCAAGAGAAGUGGUUCCUUUCAGGGUGCUGCGCGACGUCGCUCCUCAGUUCUCAGCCAACUCCAUGACGUAACCAAUAUUUCUACUCCCACUCACGUAGUUCUCUCCACUGCCAAUGCAACUGGUGCGCCUGGGAAUCCAAGUGGUGAAAGCAUUCCGUAGUCCACUUUAUGAUGGCAUUGAGAAGCCGGAAUCCAAGAACUCCAUCCACGACUUCAUGGCACACCCGGAAUUUCUCAUCAAUGACUCGGUCCACAACAUCCCCUUGAUUGACGAGACAGACAUUGAAACCGAAGAAUCAGAGCGCUCAGACUGCAACAACGUUCGCCUGGCUCUUCGUCAAGCUCCUCCCCUUGCCAAGCCCCCUCAGCCACCCUCUCGCCACCGCUCCGCCUCCCGUCCCGCCCCCUACCGCCAGCAGAGCCUCCCCGUUACACUCAACUGCAACAACAACGCCACUGCUGCUGCUGAGAAUGGAGAUCAUCUGACCCCAAAAGAUGCAAGACUACCAGCUGCUUCUCUCUGCCGCCCCACCAGCCCAUUGCACAACGUGGAGACCUGUUUAUAACUACGAUCUGGGGACAUGGUUGAUAAGAAGGGAGAGGAAACACCAAUGACGUUGAUGGACAUGGAUGUAACCCAACAAAGAGGGAAUGAAGAUGAACUGGACACGGAAAGAGAAAGCAUUACCUGGAAAUGACAUUGUAUAGACCGAUGGUUUUAUGGAUUGUUUCGUUGCCCGACCUUUCCCCCCACAGCCACUGCUUUUAGCCUGCACUCUCUGCUUCAAAGCACUCUCAAAUCCUCUCAAAAAGCUCCACAGUCCAACGAUGCUAACCCCACCAGACUCUGAUAAAGACACUUUUGAAAUGUAUAUCUAGGCACGCAAUAGAGGAGUGAUUGGUGUAGUAGAGACAAGAAUGAACUGGAAUUGAUUAUUUUCCUUUUGAUUGAAAUGAUGAAAGACUCAAUGGAAAGUGAAAUGGGGUUAAUUCAUUCGGCUUUUUAAAAAUAUUAUUGUCCAAAUUAUUACUGUUGUUAUUACUACUGCAAUUACUACUACAAUUAUUAUAUUCCAGUUAAUGAUGCUUCAUUGAUUAGCUUUAUCUAUCCAUGUAUGUAUGUAUGAUGUAUGUUUGUGUGUAUUGUUUGUUUGCUUAACUGCUGUAUUUGUCUCCUUGUAUUUCUGUUUUUAUAUACUCCUUCUGGUCAUGUCCUUCUUUUCCUUUUCUGUGUUUACAUGUGUUGUGUAUGUCUUGAAAAAGAAAAAAAGAAAUAUAACUAUAGAAAUACAUUUAUAAACACAUACAACAACUUCAAAACACAAAAAGGUAACAAUAUAGUACAUCUGCUAUUAAAACAAAGUCACAAAUUAAAAGUAGUACUCAUGGUUUUGGUUCUUCUCUUCAUGUAGAUAUGUCUUGAAUUAAGUUAUUCAUUUGGACACUACCAUGAACAGAGGGGACAACUUAACUGAGUAUUCAAAAUAUUAAGUUGCGCAUAAAGAUUAAAGGAAUUUAUUUAAGUGAUUAUUUUAUUAAUCCCUGUUCAUUCUCUUUAUUUUGGUUUUUCAUAACAUAAAAUGAAAAUGAAAUUAUUACUUUAUGUACUUUAGAAUCUAUGAAACAAUAUCAGAGUGUAUGUUGUAUGUAUUUCUACUCGACUAUGCUUUAAUGCUGUCAACUGUGAUCAAUAGUGACAGCUUUCACAGGGGCACAGAUAGAUAUCCAUUGAAUACAUCUUUACUUUUACGUUUUACUUACGCUUCUACACUACAUUGUUUUAAGAACAUUUUAGUUUUUUGAAUGAUGCAAAUAGGAUGUCUCCCAGCUUUGUGGAGAACUUAUUAAAGCCGUCUGAAAGUUUA